AUGCCGGAACCUAUCUCGACACGCGUCGGCCACGCUUUAGCCACAGUCUUGCGUAUUGACUUGGGUCCAACAGAACCACCAAUGGGAGAUGACAUCGGUCCUUUCAGCUAUGUUGAGUAUGAGCCUACUGCUGGGGACUGGAUUCAAUCUCAUACACCGACCACCCCUCAAGUCCGUCGCUAUUUGGUCAACAUGUUUCCGUUUCUCCAGUGGAUCAUGUCUUACAAUACGCAAUGGUUGAUUGGGGAUCUCGUCGCAGGCAUCACUGUCGGCGCGGUGGUCAUCCCCCAGAGUAUGGCAUAUGCCGAACUAGCAAAUCUGCCCCCAGAGUAUGGUUUGUACUCUUCAUUCAUGGGGGUCUUGAUUUAUUGGUUCUUUGCGACCUCAAAGGAUAUUACCAUUGGGCCCGUGGCCGUGAUGUCCACACUAGUCGGCUCGAUCCUCAUCAGAGUCCAAGCGGUUCACCCAGAAAUCUCUGGCCCAACUAUCGCUUGUUCUUUGGCAAUUAUCUGCGGUGCAAUCGUGGCGUUCCUCGGAUUUCUGCGUCUUGGCUUCAUUGUCGAUUUCAUUCCACUCCCUGCCAUCACGGCGUUUAUGACGGGAUCGGCCAUCAAUGUCUGCGCUGGCCAGGUCAAGACUGUUCUUGGGGAAAAUGCACACUUUUCCACUCGUGGAGCAACGUUCAAGGUUAUUGUUGAUACCCUGAAACAUCUUCCAUCUACUCAGAUGGACGCCGCAAUGGGCCUGACAGCUUUGGCCAUGCUCUAUGCCAUCCGGUCUGCUUGCAACUAUGGAUCAAGGAAGAAGCCUCACAAGGCCAAAGUCUUCUUCUUUCUAUCCACCUUGCGCACUGCCUUUGUCGUUCUCUUCUACACCAUGAUCAGCGCUGCAGUUAAUAUCCACCGACGCGACCACCCUGCCUUUAAGUUACUGGGAAACGUCCCUCGGGGGUUCAAAGUUGCGGGUGUCCCUAAGAUAGAUAUCCCAAUCAUCAAGGCAUUCAUGGGUGAGCUCCCUGCUGCCGUUAUCGUCCUCUUGAUUGAGCACAUUGCUAUUUCAAAAUCAUUCGGUCGUGUCAACAACUACACCAUUGACCCUUCACAAGAAUUCAUUGCAAUCGGCAUCUCGAACCUGCUCGGGCCUUUCUUAGGAGCAUACCCAGCUACAGGCUCAUUCUCACGAACUGCUAUCAAAGCCAAAUGCGGCGUGCGCACUCCUCUUGCCGGCGUCAUUACCGCUAUCGUUGUCCUUCUUGCAAUCUAUGCCCUGCCAGCGUUGUUCUUCUACAUUCCUAAGUCCUCCUUGUCGGCUGUCAUUAUCCAUGCGGUAGGCGACCUCAUCACACCACCAAGUGUCACUUACCAGUUCUGGCGUGUUUCUCCAAUUGACACCCUCAUUUUCUUAAUGGGUGUUAUCGUGAUCAUAUUCUCAACCAUCGAGACCGGGAUCUAUUGCACGAUCUGUGUAUCGCUAGCAGUCCUUCUCUUCCGAACUGCUAAAGCUCGAGGCCACUUCCUCGGCUACGUCCAAAUUCAUUCGGUCGUUGGCGAUCAUCUCCUUGAUGGGACCCAGGGAAACAUAAACGCUGACUUUGACGCUGACAACGGUCGACGAGUCUGGCUCCCGACCUCGCGUCAUGAUGGUACAAACCCAUAUGUCAAGGUCCACCAGCCUGCCCCUGGAAUAUUUGUAUACAGAGUCUCAGAUGGGUUCAACUACCCAAACGCAAAUCACUAUACCGACCAUCUCGUCAAGCAUAUCUUCAAGAUGACACGCCGCACAGACCCAGAAGCAUGGGAGAAACCAGGAGACAGACCAUGGAAUGAUCCAGGACCGACACGCGCCGAGCGAAGGCUGCUCAGGGCACAGGAACCCCCAACCACGCCCCUCCCAACUCUCCGAGCAGUUAUCCUCGACUUCUCCGCCGUGAACAACGUGGACGUAACAUCCUGUCAAACCCUCAUUGAUAUCCGCAACCAACUCAACCGCUGGGCCUCUCCAAACCGAGUGCAAUGGCAUUUCGCCCAUGUCAACAACAAGUGGACAAGGCGCGCUCUCGCGGCGGCAGGGUUUGGUAUCUCCAGUUCAGCAAACGAUGGGACCUACAAGACGAAGGCUAUCUUCGACGUCGCAGAGAUCGUGGGCGAUGGCACUCUCCCCUUAUCAUCAGCCCAAUCCCAAAUCUUCGGUUCAAAGGAAGAGUGGACCAAGGACCCGGAGAUCGGGAUCAAGGUACAAGAGAACAGUGCCAAUACAUCGAUCAUAGGCGCUACAGAUGAUGAUACCCAUGUUAUCCAAACAGGCACUGAAACCGUGCAGGCACCUCGCCGACGCGGAAAAUCAAGUUCUAGCCCCGGUAUAACCGUCGUCGAUAGCAUAACUCGGCCACACUUCCAUAUUGAUUUGACCAGUGCUCUGCGGAGUGCCAUGUCGACUUCAUAG